AUGUGGGUAUCCGCAAGACGAGUCCCACAUCUUUUUCUUUUUAGCAAAUCCUGCGUUGCAGCUCAGCCUGCCUCGUCGCCACUUCGUCGAUUUCGGUUGCAUUCGCCAGCCGCUUUUGUGCUAGCUAGCUACAUAGCUCUCUUUCGUCUGAGGCACUUUUUCCAUCCUUCGCAUCCGAUCGCUUCGUCUAUCGGCCAUCGUCUCGUUUCAUGCAUCAUCCAUCCAUCGUCUUCUCUUCGCCUGUGCUUUCUGUCACAACUGCCCAAAACAGCGCUCCAAUUGCACAGCACAGGGGUGGCCGUCAAACACAGUCAUAAUACAUAAUCGCAUUACGAAACAUGGUCGCACGCAACUUUUCGGAAUUCGUCGGAAAUGACAGCUCCAAAAAGCUCAUCAAUCUAUUGAGAGGAUGGCCCAACACCUCGCUUCUGCCCACAUCUCUUCUCGAGAGGGCGUCGCAGCGUGUCUUCCAUAGUCCAGCUCUUGCCAACCCGGCUUUGCUGUAUGGUCCAGACGAUGGCAGCGAGAAGCUCAGGGCCUGCAUCGCAUCCUGGCUCACCGAUUUCUUCCAGCCUGUCGCUCCCGUAGCCAAAGAUCGCAUCGUGGUCAGCGGGGGGGCUUCUCAGAAUCUUGCAUGUCUUCUCCAGGUGUUCACUGACCCACUGUACACGCGCAAUGUCUGGAUAGUUUCCCCCGCGUACAUGCUUGCUUUUCGUAUCUUCCAAGACAGUGCUCUCAAUCUACGGUCCGUGCCUGAGGAUGAAGAAGGUAUCGAUAUCGAAUUCCUUCGCCAAGCGCUGAAGAAGAGUGACGAGAGUGCAGACCAUGACAAUUCGCGUCUCAAACCUGAUCGCCCAUGGUCCAAGAUAUACCGCCACAUUAUCUAUGCUGUUCCCACCUUCUCAAAUCCCUCAUUCAAGACAAUGACUUUGAGGAGGCGGGAGGCACUGGUAAGGCUAGCCAGAGAACACAACGCUCUCAUCAUCACGGACGAUGUCUAUGACUUCCUGCAAUGGCCAUCCAGUCUCACCGCAACGUCACUCAGUGUGGAAAGGGCCAUUUUACCUCGGAUCGUUGACAUUGAUCGAUAUCUGGAUGGUGGCACCGAAAGAGCUGGUGCCGAUGGGUUCGGAAACUCUGUCUCUAACGCUUCUUGGUCGAAAUUGGCGGGCCCUGGAUUGCGUACCGGAUGGUGCGAAGGGACCUCGAAGUUUGCAUUUGGUGUAUCACAGACGGGCUCGUCCCGCUCCGGCGGCGCACCUUCUCAGUUGGUAGCCACAUUCUUGGCCGAGGCACUCGAAUCGGGAGAGCUUCAACGUUACGUCUAUGAUACUCUGCAGCCAGCGUUCGGACGACGUUACCAGCGCAUGGUCACGGCCAUCAACGAAGAACUAAUUCCUCUGGGCGUGAGCUUGCCGCAGACAGAUCGGGACGUGGUUGGCGGAUAUUUCAUUUGGCUGACCCUGCCGUCCCCCAUCAAAGGGGCUGUAGUUGCACAACGUGCCAAAGACGAAGAAAAUCUCGCAGUCGCACAGGGUGAGAUGUUCGAGGUGCCCGGCGAUACCGAGCAUGAGGGUACCCGUUUCGAGAACCAUUUAAGGGUGUGUUUUGCGUGGGAAGACGAGGACAUGCUGGCUGAAGGCAUGCAACGCCUCGCGCGCGUCAUUCGCAAGCUUCAGGCCGAGCAAGACGGCCACCAGCAGGUUACCAGCGACGCCACUGCCACAGAGGACAGCGCAAAGGACUUUUGGUGA